GCCAUUUCUCUCGCUAGAUCUCCGAGCUGACCAGCCCAACUGCCUCCCACUCCGGCAAAAGGGUACAGACAGAGGCUUAGGGUUCCGGCCGCCGGAGUAAAUCCCACCACACGCACACGGAGGAGCAGAGCCAGAGCCAGAGAGAUGAGCGGGAGCGCGUUCAACGCCUUCAAGUCGCGGGUGCCGGUGGCGUGGAGCCCGAAGCUGUACAUCACGCUGGUGCGCGGGCUCCCGGGGACGCGCAAGCUCCACCGCCGCACCCUGGAGGCCAUGCGCCUCCGCCGCUGCCACCGCACCGUCGAGCACCGCACCACGCCCUCCCUCCUCGGCAUGCUCACCCAGGUCAAGCGCCUCGUCGUCGUCGAGACCGAGGAGAUGUACAACGCGCGGAAGCAGGCCGACGAGCAGCGCCGCGCGCUCAGGCCCCCGCUCGUCGUCUCGCACGCCCCGCCGCCCAAGCCGGCCGCCGCCGCGCCGGAGGGCGCGAGCCAGUAGUCGCCUCCGGGCAUCAGAGUCAUCACAAGCUCUGGUCGCGUUGAUCAACUGAGCCGGCGUUUCAUUUGCUGGGGGGCGCCUCUUGGCUUCUUGUUUCUAGUUCCUCUUUGUGUCUUCUUGCUCCAAAGAUUGUGACUUCUUCUCAGUUCUUGUGAUCUGUUCAUUUUUCGAUUAGUGAAGCAUCCUCAAUCGGAACAGAAAAUUGUUACAGUUAGGUCUAUAUAUGGUAUGCUUUUUAUUUGUU